AUGCGCGACUGACACGACGGGGCCUCGACAAGCUGCUGCAGUGACAUAAAGGCGUCUUUCAAAGGGGAUCUUUGACCCACACUGUCUUCUCGGCGUGUUUUCUGACCGCCUUUCCAAAUUUAUCGCCUUCUGGAGAACAAAAGGUUGCAAGUGAAAAUGGCGCAGGUGGAAGUCCAAGACGAGAGCACCAAAAAACCGACAGAGGAAAUCACGGAGGAGCAGUUCCUGAAAGAUCUUUACUUUUUCAUGAAGAAGCGGGACACGCCGAUAGAGAGGAUCCCCAAUCUGGGCUUCAAGCAAAUUGAUUUAUUUUUGAUGUUCAAGACCGUCGAUGACUUGGGUGGCUACCAUCAGGUGACAUCUCAUCAGCUGUGGAAACGGGUCUACAACACGCUGGGAGGAAACCCCCGCAGCACAAGUGCAGCCACUUGCACCCGCAGACACUAUGAAAAGUUGCUUCUGCCUUACGAGUGUCAGCUGAAAGGCAUAUUGCUGAGCUCCAUGCCGCAACAUCAGUCGAGGCCCUACCGCGACCCCAAAGACAAUAUGGGCCUUAGGCCGACCAAACGUGGGCUCGUAAUGCCGUCACUGGUAAACUGCUUCCAACCGGAUCCACAUGGGAAUAUCUACUCUCUCCCUUUCCCUUAUUACCCAACUGGGUGGCCAGCUUACCCACUUCUGCCAAAUGUUAUGUCUAUUUCGUCCCCUGUAACACCACCACAUAUCCCCCCUCCUCCCAAGAUCCCAUGUCUCCCCCCCAACCCGACUCAUCAGGACACAGUGAACAUGGUUGAAGAGCGUAUAGAUCACCUGCGUAGGCUGGCGAAGGAGUACAGGCACUCAACUGGAUUGUCAGCCUCUGAACCCCUGAACCUGAGCACGAAAGCUCCAGCUCGAGAGCCCGACAUCAACACUGACCCUCCCUCGUCAUUCGGCCCACCUUCGUCCAGCAAGACCCCAAAGUUUCUGAACAAGCCGUCCACGCUCUACUCCCCCCUUAGCUCAGGCGUAAUAAAAAGUGACGGAAGCGAGACCCAUGAGUCUGUCGAAAGUGUCCCAAUCCUCUCUGAGUCCAAGAACAAAGAGAGCAGCGACACCAACGUCCAACCCCCGACGCCCUCAGACAGCCCCAUAUUAAUUUCUGCUCUGACGCCAGAACCAAACAAAGACGUCCUCGAGACAACACCGAAACCCGGCUCUCUGAAAGCAGACUCUCCAGUCCAGCCGCCAGAGGACAGAGAGGCCAGGACGGAAGCGGAGGGUUUCAAUCUCAGUCACGUUCUUCAUAGGAUACCCAAAGACGAGGAGGGCAAGAUGGAAAUCGAGGUACCGCUGUCCGUGGUUCGUAACUGGCUGAGGUUUUACGGUCCUUCAGCGAAGCUGCCCGAAGCGAAACAGCUUCCCGUCCCAGAUUACGACGUCUCUGUGGGGAAAAAACGUGUGUUGGAUGUAGACAUUCUCCCGAAAGACCACAAAACACCUCAUAGUCCUCAACGCCAGAGCUCAGCUGAGGACCUGAGACUAUGGAACAAACCAGGACUCAAUCCAAACGCUCAGGCAGAUCAUCAGCAGGAGAGCCACCUCCCCAGCUGCAAGACUUCCGGUGGUCUUCUGAGAAAAGUCGAAGGUGGCCGGAACGUCUGGCCACUCAACCAGCAGGAUAUCAACAAGCCAUACAAGCUCAAGACAACAGAGUUCAGAGAUGCCUGUUCCAAAGAGACGAUGGCUCCUCGCAGCCCGGUGAAACCCGAAUGCAGUCCUCCAAGAAGGUCUUCCAAGUUCCAAGUGGAAGACCUGCUGCAACGAGGGAGGCAGAGGCUGGAAGUGGAGCCUUCAGCCGUGCUGAUGCUGAACUCCAGCCCCGCGUCCGUGUUUCCUCUGACCACCGACCAGAUGAUGAAGCUGCAGAACAUCAUCUCAAGUUCAUCGUGACGAUCAGGGAAGGACCCCCAACACCACAUUUAAGCUGCCUCCCAUUAUUAACUCAACUCGAAGCGUCUUAUUAGCGUCGUUGCGCAUCCGGACGACGUCUGUGCGCCAUUAAUGAAGAUUAGCAGGACGGCAAAGUCAGCAUUUUGAAUGGAUACAUUGUAAUCAAAGUAAUUUGCAUGAUUUUCAGUAUUAAUGGCACAAACAUGAGGAAAAAUAUAUAUGCAUAAACAUUCUUAUUUUUUCCCCCCACAUUUAUAAUGUGAAGAAUGAUUAGUUUCAUUUGUCAAGAUCUUUGAAUAAAAUAAACAGCAGGGGAAAUAAUUCCUAUUAUACUUCAUAAACCCAGUGUCAUAAUAAAUAUCAGAAGAUGGAGGUUAAAGUCAUGCAUAUUAAAAAGUAAAAGAUUUAAACUCUUAUUCUGCUUAGAAUUAAGAGAUUAUUCUUUCAUUUAACAUAUGGAAAUUACUGUAAAGAUGUAAAUAAUUUUUUUUAAACUACGUUUUUAUUAUUUUUCCCUAAUACAGUUUUUUUUAUUAUUAUUAAACUUUCCACGUCUUUCUUUUGAAAUGUGUGAAAUAAAAAAAAAUGAAUGUAAUUCUAACAGUGAGAAAAUUAAAGGCACAAUGUAGCAGAAUGUGAUUUGAAGAAAAUGUCUUCAUCAACAUUAAAUUAUCCUGUAAAUGUAUGUGACUUGUACACAAAUUUGAUUGUGAAAAUCAAAUAAAUGCCAUUAAAAAUC